AUGCCUACAUCCAGCACCUUUGCCUCCCUCAACGCGCUAGACCCUGAAAAAACCACCCAACCACCUCUCACCGAGACGACCGCCCCUCAGCCGGUAGAAUCCACCCCCCGCCAACGCUCCCAAUGGCAAACCACCCCUUCCGAGACCGAUGCGCCAACACCAACAGCACCUCACCAUGACCAUGGGAUACCCAAACCCUUUCUCCACCUCUACACAACCUCCUACUUAAUAUUCUUCUCCAUUCUCGGCACCCUCGCGCGCCUAGGCCUCCAAUCCCUCACAUUCUACACCGGCGCGCCCAUCACAACCGGCGUCCUAUGGGCCAACGUCGCCGGCAGCCUAAUCAUGGGCUUCCUAUCCGAAGACAAGAACCUCUUCCGCGAAGAAUGGGGCACCUCCAGUCCUCCGACCCCAACCUCCGACCCCGAACACACCAAAAAACACAAAGCCGUGAAAAAGACGAUCCCGCUCUAUAUCGGACUCACAACAGGGUUCUGCGGGUGCUUUACUUCCUUUUCCUCGUUUAUGCGAGACGUCUUCUUGGCCCUGGCGAAUGCGCUCCCGGAUCCGAGUCUCCCUACUGGUGUGAAUAUUGCAUCCAGGAAUGGCGGGUAUAGUUUUAUGGCACUACUGGCGGUGAUAAUCGUUACUGUAUCGUUGAGUUUAUCGGCGCUGAUCUUUGGUGCGCAUCUUGCGCUUGCCUUGGGACGGUUUACGCCUACUGUGCCCUUUGUGCUGACGAGACGUGUGUUGGAUCGUGCAGUUGUGGUCCUAGGAUGGGGGUGUUGGCUUGGCGCGGUGUUCCUGGCGAUUUGGCCGCCUGAUCGUCAUGAGGAGAGGGAGGUUUGGCGGGGACGAGUGGUUUUCGCGCUUGUCUUGGCGCCGGUGGGGUGUUUGCUUCGGUUUUAUGUUUCGUUGAUGCUGAAUGCGCGGAUUGCUGCUUUCCCGUUGGGCACUUUCGUGGUCAAUAUGUUUGGCACGGCGGUUGAGGGGAUGUGUUUUGAUUUGCAGCAUGUGGGUGGGCUUGGAGCUGAGGUUGGAUCGGUAGUUGGGUGUCAGGUCUUGCAGGGGAUGAUGGAUGGGUUUUGUGGGAGUACGACGACUGUCAGUACGUGGGUUUCGGAAUUGAAUGGAUUAGGGAAUAGGAGACAUGCUUAUGUUUACGGAAUUGGAAGUGUGGGCUGUGGACUUGGGUUGUUGGUUGUCAUUAUGGGGUCGUUGUUGUGGACGAAGGGUUUUAUGGAACCUGUUUGUAAUUGA